AUGGGCAGAUUUGAUUCCGAAGAAAAUAGGGGCAUAAGCAUCCCUGAUCGGGUUUUAGACCAGAUUUUUACAAAAGAGGAGAAAGGCGACUACAAAAAAGAUGAGCGAUUCGCCCCAAAGAAGAGAACAAAGGGAAAAACCAUCUCUAGAAAAGAGAAACGGAAAGAAGAGCGACAACUAAAAAAGCAAAAGAGAAGCAAAGGUAACCAUUCAAGCCUGGCGCUCCCGACGCUAAGAGCGAAUUCAAAACUGCAAGACCAAGACGACCCCUUAGCCAAGUUGGCUGCCUUGAAAAAGCAAAAGAAAGAAGCAGAUCCAUUAGCCCAAUUGGCAGCAUUGAAGGCAAAACUGGCAGGUUCCAAAGAAGGAAUUAACGCAUCCUCCAAGAAAUCAGGGGAGAAAAGUAAUGGGAACAGCAAGUACUCCCAUGAAGAAACCUCAGGUCUUAAAGUCAUCAAGGAAAGUGAUUUGGAUGAUGAAGACUUUGGAGAAUUUGAUGACGAACUGGAAACUGACUUCAAUGGUUUUGAGGAAGAAAAUGCAGAAGAAUCUUUAGAUGAGGAAGAGGAUCCUAUGGAGGCUUUAAGAGCGUUGAAAGCAAAGAAAAACAGUAACAAAUCGGAAGUCAGAGUAGUCAAAGAAAGUGACUUAGAAGACGAGCUUGACUCUGAUGACAUGGACGGUUUUUCAGAAGACUUUGAGACUCACAACGAGGAGGAAGACUAUCUAUCAGCGGGAAGUAAUGGUUCUGAGCCGGAAGACUCUGACGACUUCGAUAGUGAGUUAGGUGAUGAUAACCUUGAUUUGGAAGAGAAUCCGCUAGAAAAAUUAAAAGCUCUAAAGGAAGCAAAGAACAAGAAAGACAAAAAAGAUAAGAAGAAAGAGAAAGUUGUUGAAGCUACCUUUGUGGAUCCGUUGGAGAACGAUAUGGAGUUUUAUGCCAAAAAGUUGGGAUUGAAAAAAGGAAAAAGCUCAAAAUUAGAAAAAACGUCCGAAGAUGAUGUGAUUGGUGGCUUACUAGACGGAUUGGAUUUUGAUUUCCAAGAAGCAAAUUCUGAAGAAGUACUGAGCGAGGAUGAAUCCAACGAAUACAACAGUAGUGAAGAUGAAGAGCCCAGACAGAAGGAAAACCCUUUUGUUGCCCCAACGACGGAAAAUGAAGUCCUGGAAGAGCAAUCGGAAUCACAGCCUACUAAAUAUAUUCCUCCUGCUCUUAGACGAAAACUUGCUAUGGAAAAUUCUGGCAUGUCUGAAGAGGUUCUUGCAUUACAAAAAUCGAUCAAAGGUCCCAUCAAUAAGUUGUCUGAAUCGAACGUGGGUAGUAUAGUGAAUGAGAUCAAUGGUCUCUUCUUGAACAAUCCAAGACAGUUAGUUAAUGAGAAUUUGACUUCUAUUAUUUUGGACGGUAUCAUUCAACAAGGAAGACUUUUGGACACAUUUGUGUAUUUGCAUGCUACUUUAGUUGUGGCCCUCUAUCGCCUCCAAGGUGUUGAUUUUGGAGCAUAUUUCAUUCAAACAUUGAUUGAAAAGUUCGAAAGUCUUAGGUCUGACCAGUCGAAAGGAAAAGAAACUCUCAACCUCAGUUCCCUACUUUCUGCUGUUUAUGCAUUUCAACUUGUUUCAUCCAAGCUCUUGUAUGACGUGAUUCGAUCUCUCAUUGAGGAAUUAUCUGAACCGAACGCAGAAAUUUUGCUCAAGAUAGUAAGAAAUUCAGGAAAUCAGAUGAGAUCAGAUGAUCCUAGUGCUCUAAAAGAGAUUGUUUUGCAAAUUUCAAAAAAGUCUGCUUCUUUGCCAAAGGAAUCAGUGAGCAUGAGAAUGCAGUUCUUGGUAGAAACAAUCACCUCUUUAAAAAAUAACAAGAUGAAGGCUCAAAAUGAAGACACUCAUCAAUUGACCAUCCGUUUGAAAAAGUUUUUGGGUACAUUUACAUCUAACAAAUUUGCUGACCCAAUUCAGGUUUCUCUUCAAGACAUCCGUGAAGUUAACACUAAAGGUAAAUGGUGGCUUGUUGGUUCUGCUUGGAAAGGAAAUGAUAGUAAUAACGAACAGAAUUCACUCGUUAACAGCGAAGUGAUGAAUGAUAUCUUAGAUAAUGCCGAACCUAACUGGCUUGAGUUGGCCAGGGCCCAGAGAAUGAAUACCGAUAUCAGAAGAGCAAUUUUUAUCUCCAUUAUGUCUGCAAAUGACUUUAUGGAUGCGGUGACUAAGCUAGACAAACUAGCUUUGAAAAAAGUCCAGGAAAGAGAAAUUCCCCGCAUUUUGAUCCAUUGCGCAGUUGUUGAGCCUUCUUGGAACCCUUAUUAUGGUAUAUUGGCGUCCAAGCUCUGUGAUUCCCACUCUCUCAGAAAAACUUUCCAGUUCAUGUUGUGGGAUUUGGUCAAGAGUUUUGAAGGUGCAAAUGGAGAUGACUCCGAUGAUGAAGAUAUGUUCUACGGUUUUGAUGAUGAUCAAGAGGACGAUGACAAACUCAAAAAGAUCUUAAACUUGGGGCGUUUGUUUGGACACAUGUUUGCGGAAGGAUCAUUAGCGUUACAUGCUUUAAGAACUGUGAACUUUGUUGCAGCUUCGCCAGAUAAUAAACUCUUUAUGGAAGUCGUGCUCGUUACUUUCCUCGAUCAAAUCGCAAAAAAGUCACAAGUGAACUCUGUUGGAGUGGGACUUAUGGGGUCUAAGAAAAGUAUGUCAGAACAAAAGUUUGACGACAGAGUCCUUAUUGAACGGCUCCUUAAAGCCAAAGAACAGCCAGCUCUUCUCCAAGGAAUACAACAUUUCAUUGGUAAAAGGUUAAGAAACAGCGACUUCAUUACGGGAAAGAAGCAGAGAAAGAGGAUUGAAUGGGGUGUGAAUGCCAUGAGCGAUAUCAUUGAUGAGUUCGUUAAGGAAAAUUCAUUCUAA